GGAGCAGGUGCGGCAACUUCAGGCAGAUAAAGAACGCUUACAGCAGGGACGACUGUUGUACCUCCCUAUGGAACGAAAGUGUCCGAUGUUCAGGGGCAGAGUGGGUAUGGGUAUUGAGGAAUGGGUGGAAGAAGUGAAUGCUAGCAUUAGGACAAGGCACUUGGGGACACUUGAUCAAGCUUAUUUCAUUUUUGACCACCUGGAUGGCGAGGCUAAGGACGAGAUCAGGUAUAGGACCAGGGCUGAGAGGGAGGAUCCUACAAAGGUUUUAGCUAUCCUUAAAGAACUCUAUGGUUGCUCAAAAUCAUAUGUUGCCUUACAGGAGGACUUUUUCUCUAGGAGACAGUUAGAUGGAGAGUCCUUACACAACUUUUCUCAUGCCCUUUUAUCUCUGAUGAAUGAAGUGACCCAGAGUUCCCCUGUGGCCGUGCCUAACCCUGAUGUCCUAUUGCGUGAUACAUUCGUAGAGCAUCUCCUUGACUUCGAGCUCCGCAGAGAGCUGAAGCGGUUGGUCCGCCAGACCCCAGGGCUUUCCAUGUUGGAGGUACGAGCUGAAGCCGUCCAGUGGGAGCGUGAAGGUAGGCCCUGCGACUUCGCUAGAGGUAGAAGUUGUUCUGCCCCAUCCCUCUGUGCAAUGCAGUCCUCUAGAGCCCAGCAGAACAGCCACCCACCCCAGAAAAACCCAGUUAAGUCUGAGAUGACCGAAUUAAGAGCAUUGUUGCUGGCGCAGCAAGAGCAGAUUAACCAGCUCAUCAACAGUUGGGCUAUUUUGCAGGUACCAGUACGCCAGGCUAGGCCUGGACGUUCUCCCUCUGUUGUUUGCAGGCGAUGCCAGAGGCCGGGGCAUUAUGCCAGAGACUGCGAUAAUGAUCGAGCGGUUCCUGUGCAGCAGACUGCGGCGCUACGGAGGAAAGAGCGGCAUGACCAGAGGGUACACAGUCAAGUACAGCGGACCAUGCUGAAGCCGGUCCCACGGAGUCACUGGCCAGACCUCCCUGCUGCACCUCCAGAACCCCCAGAGCGGCAUGACCAGAGGGUACACCGUCAAGUACAGCGGACCAUGCUGAAGCCGGUUCCACGGAGUCACUGGCCAGACCCCCCUGCUGCACCCCCAGUAGCGGAGCCGGAAAGCACUGAAAAGGCUAAGGCAGGACAGUCGGUCAUUGUUGGUCCGCCUGAUGCCUCAAUGCAACCUGCACCACCCAACCUGGCUCGUUCUCCUGCGGCAGCCUCUGGGUCUGUCAAACCCCACGAGCAGAUUGAACUGCCUUUUCUCACCCUUGCUCUACCUGUUCUGACAGAUCCUGGCCCUGGUGGCGGUGUGCUACCUCCAGGAAGGAUGUCCCGGGUCACUGCAGGAAGGCGUGGAACUCCCCAUCACCUUCCAGUGUCUGAGAGUAGGACCACUGCGAUUUGGGCUACGAACUCCCAGGUGCCUGACUCUAGUAAAAGAACUAUAGCAGUUUUCCGACCCUGGGGUUAAGAGCCUAUUUUGUGUUUUCUUUAUUAUAUAGGGUGUUUUGUUUUAUCUGCGGGACGCCGAUAAGAAAUGGGGGGGUAGAAUGUAACCGGCAGAAUCAUGGUCCUGUCAACCAGCAGCCACCGUAGAUCCUGUCUUGCUCUGCCACGCCCCCAAGUAGCACUCGGUGGCGGUGCAUUCAUUAGCACAAAAUGAAUGCACCUAUAUAACAGGCUCACCCGCUAGCAUCUACCUGUUGCUGGGUUUCUACAUUCUUUCUCUCCAUGCUGUUGCUUCUAAAAGGUGUUGACAAUUCACCAAACGCUUCCGGGUAGCGUGCGAGUUCGCUACUGAAGGUUUUGGUCGGACGACACUGAGCGAGAACACCCCGCUGUGGUACAUUGAGAAGACUGGUCGAGGUUUUGGUUGUGAGACGCCAGAGAGCAAAUUGUCAGUGUUUGUUCUGUCAGUGCUGCAUGAAGGAGAUUUGCCACUGCUGCUUUGCUUUGUUACAAAUUUAGUUUCAUUUCAGUUUUUAUCUAUUGUAGUUUUUGGUUGGUUUGUCUUUGUUUGUUUGACCUAGCCUAAACCUAGGUGUGAGCUAGGUUUAGUGUGCUGCUUUUAUAUUACUUUUAUUAUUGGUCCCCUCUCCUCCCCGCCGUGCUAGAGCGAUAGAUGUUGUAUUGGCUGCCCCAGCAUUGUUCCCUAGUUGAAAUAAGCCUUUUCUUAAGCUGGAACUCUGCCUGGCUUUAGCCCGUUAGGUUUAACACCAACUCCUUCCCCCUUCCUCACCAGGGUGUUGCAGCUGUCUACGGGGCAGGUCGCCGGAGUCCUCUUCGCGCACUGCAUGUCAUGUUGAGUGGACAGGUAACCCCCUGUAACAGCUGCUCCCUAUGCCCCUUACUAUCCUGGUGGCAGCCAUUACCAACUCUCUCGCCAUCUUUCAACGAAGUCUAGCCAUGUAUUAAUAAAUACUGUUAUUUUUAUACUGGAAUACCUCGUCUCUGUCGUUACUGGAACGUACCUGGGUGAGAGCCCGCUUGUCUCUGUCGAAAGGUACAAUUCACACAACAAUAUAUCUUGGUGUGAAAGUCACCAGGUGGCGUAGUCGCAUCCAGAGCCAAGACCUAACUACCACUAG